GCAGGGAUAGUAUUUGGUUAGUGACUCGCUGAUAAUGCUGUCGUCAAUCAAAGACAGUUAAUAAUUAAUGUCCUAUGCCAACCAAAUAUUAGAGGAAUAAGGCACUUCAAAGAGAAUAUUUUACACAGAAGGAUGUUUACUGUGUCAGGCUGGCCUCAGUUAUGAAACCAAUUCAAUUCAUUUCCGUGUUGUUUUAUUAAUUGAUUUCAUGUUAACUUAAAUGUCUUAUAAAUGAGCACUCGGUCAUAUGAGCUUCAGCAGCUUGUUUGGCCAGCCUAGGGGCGCCAUGUCUUGAGACGCUCCAUACAGUGGAGGAUGCUGCUUCUACUUUAAGGAAUGGCGCUGCUAACACAGCACUUCACUCAUUGCUGAAUUCUCAACGGUCUGUAGGUGAGGUAACCUAUGAAAGUUCUUGAUAAUGACCACCAAAUCAUCUUUGCUGAAGGUGAUUCUGCUGGGGGAUGGUGGCGUAGGAAAGUCAUCCCUCAUGAACCGCUAUGUCUCUAACAAGUUUGAUUCACACCUAUUCCACACAAUCGGUGUGGAGUUUCUUAACAAAGAGCUGGAGGUGGAUGGUCACAUGGUUACCCUACAGAUCUGGGACACAGCAGGCCAGGAGAGGUUCCGAAGUCUCCGAACGCCCUUUUACCGUGGCUCUGACUGCUGUCUGCUUACAUUUAGCGUGGACGAUAAUCAAAGUUUCCUGAACCUCAACAACUGGACGAAAGAGUUUGCAUUUUAUGCAGAUGUCAGGAACCCAGAGAAAUUUCCUUUUGUUGUUCUAGGAAAUAAAGUAGAUGUGACGGAGCGUCAGGUGUCAAUGGAAGAAGCUCAAAAGUGGUGUCAAGAGAAUGGUGGAUAUCCAUACUUUGAAACAAGCGCAAAAGAUGCCACUAAUGUCUCAGCUGCUUUUGAGGAAGCAGUUAGGCAUGUGCUCGCAUCUGAAGAUCGCGCAGAACAUCUGCUGCCCACAGACACCGUUGACAUACGCAGAAAGCCGCGUUCUAACGGCUUGUGCUGUUGAUGCUUUUUAAUGAAAUGGACACAACUGAAGUACUCCUUGUUAUGUGCUAGCAAAUAAAUGUAUACUCUUCAACUCAAAACAGCAGAUGCCAGAAAUAACUUCUUGUGUGCUGUGCAAUAUGCUUACUUUGAUACAGCAGAGCUAUAUAAUCUCAAACACUUGUCCAGCUCUGAAUAAUUAACAUGAAUGAAGAGACUUUUAGAAUUACAUGUCUUGUUUAGUUUAAAAUAAUCUCUUUGAUUCACAUUCAUUUGUCAUCCCUUCAAAGCACUGGAUUACCUUCCUGUGUGAUUUAGGUGGUCUAAAUUAUCAAUGUUGGUAAACCAAACCGGGAUCAGUGAGAUCCUCCAGGCAACAAAUUCUAAUGCAGUUUACAGUUGAGAAAUAAACAUCAGCUAUUACAUUUAUGAACACUAGAAUGUGUUUUUAUCUCAUUUUCCUUGUGCACUAUGUAAUGUACAAGCUGUGUUACUUUAAGUGCCUUUAGCACAGGUUUGUUUGUUUGUUUGUCUUAUUUUAACAAUCGUUCAUCAUAAGACGUUUUAGAAUGUUUUAAGAGUCAUGAAGUGUGAUUUUUGUAAAUGUAUUUUGUAUAAUAAACGGAGCAAUUCCAAUAGGGUCCUCACACCAUCGGUGAUCGGGCCCUAAUUAAUUAUCACUUUA